CAUACCAUACACAUUUGGGGUGCUAUAAUUAGAUGAAAUGUGAAUGCUCGAGUUCUGCUUUCGUAAGCACCUUGUAGUAGUACUGUUAUUCUUGAUCAAUCUGGCCCACAUGCCUUCUCCUCCCCCUAUAAAGCCUCUCCAAUCCUCAUUCUGUUUUUCCCUACCAUCUCUGCAAAAAACAACUUCCAAAUAUCACCACCUUCAAAUAUAUAGCCUAGCCAUGCUUGCAUCAGAUGUUGCAGCAAUCCACUACCUAGCUUCUGAAAACCUAUCCCCAUUCCCUACUGACUUCGCCAUGUUUCCGAACACCAUUCCACCAUUCCAGUUUUCCAACAAUGCAUUCCUGACCAACUUUCCAAAUCACCAACUCUCUCCUCCUUUCCAAGAUUUUGCUCCCCAGUCCUCGUGCUUAAGCAACAACUCCACCUCCGACGAGGCAGAGGAGCACCAACGCCAUACCAUCGUUGACGAGAGGAAGCAACGGCGGAUGAUUUCCAACCGAGAGUCUGCCAGGAGGUCUCGGAUGCGAAAACAGAAGCACCUCGACGAGCUGUGGUCACUGGUGGUCCGCCUGAGGACCGAAAAUCGCCACCUCAUCGACAAGCUGAACCACGUGUCCGAAUGUCAUGAUAAAGUUGUUCAAGAGAAUGUACAGCUGAAGGAAGAAGCAUCUGACCUCCACCAAGUGAUCAUUGACCUCCACUUAGGGAGCCCUUUACCUUCUCUGAGAGACCUGGAAGAGGUUACUUGCAACACAGCUCAUCUCAGAGCUGAAUCUUCCAACCAAUCCAUCACAACUACUUCCACUAAUAUGCUUCACUGACUGGGACAAACAAGUCUUGUUUUUCUUCCUUUUUCUUUUUUUCUUUCUUUUUUUUUAUCUAUCGGCUUUUUUUUUUUUUUUUAAGGUGCUUUUCUUUAGUAUGGAUGUUUAUCAGCCUUUGAUGGCCUUAAUCUGAGCUGUACGAGAUAAAGAAACAAACAGUUCCAAACA